AUGGCCAGCUUCUUUACUUCGACCAAGAAAGCAAUCUGUGGUGUCAACGGAUUUUCGACCGCAGAUGUUUCUCUUCUUCGAGAGAUCAUCACUGAUCACAAGGAGAUGUUCCAAACAGGGAAGAGCCUUGAACACAACAAAACACUCCGUGACGUGUCCGUUCUAAACAGUGAUAUGAUUGCUGCAAGCAUCAGCAAGGCAACCGAAAAGACAUGGAAACAUCAUCGCUACACGAUGAUUCAUGCCAAAAAUACCUCCGAAUCCACUCCAUCCACCCCCCGAAGCCACACCGGCAGCAAGCAAAAGCUCAACUUGCGAGCCACCACGCUCGAACUAGAAUUGCUCAAAAAGUGCAAGAGCUAUCAAGAGCUCGAGCAAAAGCAUUUGAAACAAUGUGAGCAACGGCUCAGAGACAAAGACCUUCUCGAUCAAGCCUUCGAGGAGAUUCAAGCGAUGGAGGCAAUGUACGAGAUUGUCUCCAACAAAUACGAGACAUCAAUAGCUCUUCUGGAGAAGAAGCAACACGAGCUGAAGAAGCUCAAUACCGAUCAUCGCUCCGCACUCACAACAAUCCGCGAUAUAUAUGAGGAAAAGCUCGUGGAAGCCAAUCGAAAUUCUGUCAAGGAGCGUCAUGUGCUUGAAACGCGCCAUCUCGAGGCCCUGCGCGCGCUCACAGAAGUGAGUAAGACGAACCGUUCUGUGUGGGAACAUGCCCAAAAGGCGAUGGAGGCGGAUGCUGAACAGAUGGCAUGUGACUACCGCGAUGUCGUGCAGGACAACGAAAACGAGAUCAUGCGAUUGGCGAAAUGCAAUCAUGAUCUCGAGGCCGAGAACAACCUGCUGAUUGGUACGUUGACUGACAGACCUGGAGACGAAUUGCGCGAACACGCCCAAAAUGUGUUCCAAGAGAUCCAACGUACCAAGAGUGAGUUGGAGCAGGCGCGUACGGACCUCCGAGUCGCGCACAUCAAGAUGGAGAAUAUCCUGGAGGCCAUGCAACAACAGCGUGACCAUUACGAGUCUCAUGGAGCCAAGGAGCAAGAGGCUCAGGCGCAAGUGUGCGACCUCCAGCAGCAGAUUGUCGAGCUUCAAGAGAAGCUCGCUGUUCGCGAUGAUUUGCUUCGCGCCGCAGACGCCAUCCCGAAGGACUCCGACAUCUUGGGGUCCGAGCAUCUUUUGGAAAUUGCCCUGAAGAUGCAGAAGCUUGACGACGAAGUCAAACUUGUCCGCGCGGAAAAUGCGGAGCUUCAAUCCAAGGCGAACAAGAUGGACGACGAAAACCUCGAAAUCUCCAUCAAACUCGACAUGACGGAGUACGAGAUGUGUGUCGCCCAAGACAGACUGGAGAUUCUCGAGGCGAAGCAAAGCCUCCUUGUCAGGGAACGUGACUUCCUCGCCGAUGCCGUCGCUGAGGACGACUGUCUCUCGGUGGAGGACAAAGACCUCCUCCGCCGACAUCUCCGCCAAGUGAGGGAGGAGAAUGAGAAACUGCGAGAUCGCAACGUCGCAGUUUCUAAGCAAAACGCCGACCUCCAGGCGUGCAUCAAGAAAGUCCAGGACAAGGCUGAGGUCAAGAUCCAACAAGCGGAAAAGGCCGCAGCAUACUGGCAGACACUCUACUGGGACGAGGCAGUCCCAAAGACCGAGGCACUUUGCAAAGAAGUGCACGAACUCAACAAGGAACUGGGACGCAACAACGUCCAUGUCCAGGAGCGCCUCGAGCGCAACGUCGUCGUCGCCGACAGGAACGCCUUGAGAUACGCCUGCGAAGCCACAUUGCGCGGCGUUGACACCAACCUCAUCCCGGCCGAAUACUACGAGCCGGGAUUCACACCAGGUUGGCUUCCAGCCACUCACGAUGCUCUUCGGCUCCUGCGACCCCUGGGAUGGGCACCAGUCGCAGAUCUCGACAAGGUGUGGCUUGCACCAAUGUACAAGCCAUUUACCGAGGAAGACGCGAAGGAGCGGCUGGAAGCCCAGGGGCAGAUAGCCCGCAAGCAGCAUCGCAAGGCCAUGGGAGCUACUCCUCCACCGGAGUGUCAUCCAGAGGCGGUAUCUGGAGAUGCUGCCGCCGGUCCCGCCCCAGUCCUACUUCCGUCAUGGGUACCUGUCUGCGAUCGAACUCCAAUGGCGCGCACGCCAUACCACGAGCCGUACGCGCCUCCGUAUCAGACUGCAUGGCGGAAGAAACGUGCGAAUCUCACGCGCGAAGCUUACGACGAUAUGGACAAUACACUCAAGUUGGAUGUGCUGGAGAUGCUCGAUAUCCAAAUAGAGUGCGCAGAGACACUUGGCCGUCCAAGCCACACAGUCUCUUAUGACUUUGAGGAGGAUCCAGACAUCUUCUAA